UUACGAGUAACGUGGUGACGAGUGUAUGAUUGGUGUUCGAAUAGCACGAGAAAUCAGUUCUAGCCCGUCUUCUUACAAAGACGCAUCAAUCAUGGACGAAUACGGGGAUGCCGGUAUAAGUUCCGAGGUUCAGCAAAUAAUUAGCUCCGAAGUUAAAAAAGCAGUGGAAUCGUCCCAAAAUCAAAUUUUAAGCAGCAUGAAGACUCUGAUAGACAGCAAUUUCAAGAAUUUUCAAUCGUCUAUGGAAACAACACAGAAGGAACUCUCGUCAUCGCAGUUAGCGAAAAUAGAGGAGAACAUUUUUGGCAGUUAUAAGUUUAAACGUCAUGGAAACGAAGCGCAGUACCGGGGAAACGCACAGGUCAUCACUAAGCUGAGGGAAGCAGACGCCAGUUUGGACAGCGCCAACCUUGGCGUUGAAAACAUAAACACCGCCCGGACAAAGAUUGGUGAAGGUAUUGAACUUUUGAAUGAGAGACAGAAAUUGAUAAAAAUAGCUGAUUCUAGUCCUUUAGGGUGGAAGGUAGUAGCUGAAUACCAAGCUAAUCCCAUCGCUGACGAUUCUGACGAUGAAAAAAGAAUAAACAAGGCGCAAAAUAAAGCAGAGAAAAAGGACAAACAACAAAAGGCACAGCGGAAACCAACAAACGACUAUUCAAGGCCACACCCAUACAAGAAAGACAACUCUAGGUCACCUACGGUCAAGCCAGGGACGUGCUAUCGAUGCGGGUUUAAAGGUCACUGGGCGAGAGACUGUAGAAGGAAGCUCAACGAUUCGGCAGAGAUAAGUAUUGUUACAUGUAAUACAUUCAGAAAUUCAGAUAACAAUUCAGUUUCAGAACAAAACUAUUCGAAUUCACGCCUGUCGACGUCGGUCACGGACGAGUGCACUACUAACAAGGUAAGCCCUGUCGGGCAUUUAAAUAGCUGUUUAUCAAGGUGGGUUGAAACAGGUGUGGACAAUUACAUUAGAGAUAUAAUUUCUCAUGGAUAUAAAAUUCCUUUUAAAACAAUUCCAGAAAGUGUCGAAAGUCGAAUUAAAAAACAAUAG